CGUUCACUCUCGUUCACUGAAAGGAUACGUUCAUUCGAACGACUCGUUCACUCACGAGGCAACACUUAGCUGGUAGUGCCGGAAGAAAAGAUGGCGGAUCAAGACGAGCCGAUCAGCAACGAGGAAAGGUUGCGCAUAGCAGCUGAAUUCAUCAUUCACGCCCCACCAGGAGAGUUCAACGAAGUUUUCAACGAUGUGCGAUUGCUGCUGGACAAUGACAAUCUCCUCAAGGAAGGCGCAUCUCAUGCGUUUGCGCAGUACAACUUGGACCAGUUUACCCCGGUGAAAAUUGAGGGCUACGAUGACCAGGUCUUAAUCACAGAGCACGGGGAUCUGGGGAACGGCCGUGUCCUGGACCCCAAGAACAAGAUCUCCUUCUCCUUCGACCACCUGAGGAAGGAGGCCAGCGACCCCCGGCGUCACGAUGUGGACGUCUCCAUGGAGGAGUGGAGGAGCGCCGUGGACGCCGCCGUCAGGGCUUAUGUCAAGGAGCAUUACCCCAACGGAGUCUGCACCAUUUACGGCAAAAACAUUGACGGACAUCAGACCAUCAUCGUGUGCGUCGAGUGCCAUCAGUUUCAACCCAAAAACUUUUGGAAUGGACGCUGGAGGUCCGAAUGGAAAUUUAACAUCUCUCCAUCCUCCACCGAGGUAGCAGGAAUCAUGAAAAUUCAGGUUCAUUACUACGAGGACGGCAACGUUCAGCUGGUGAGCCACAAGGAGGUGAAGGAGUCCAUGUCCAUUUCUAAUGAGGUCACAACAGCAGAAAGGUUUGUCAAGAUCAUGGCGGCCGCAGAGAGCGAAUAUCAGACGGCCAUUAAUGAAAACUAUCAGACCAUGUCGGACACUACCUUCAAAGCCUUACGCCGCCAACUUCCUGUGACGCGCACCAAGAUCGACUGGAACAAGAUUUUGAGCUACAAGCUCGGCAAGGAGAUGCAGAAUGCUUAAAAAAAAAAAAAAAAAACUAACUGCCCCCUUUGUCUCUAACACACACACACACACCAACAUGCACACAAGAACAAACAAUGUUGCAUGACUGGAUAGCUGUAUUUGUACAAAAAAAAUAGAGACGACAAAGAAGAUGCAAGAUGUCGAAUUAACUCAUUGGGUGUCUCCUUUUAUUGAUGUUUCUUUUAUACACACACGCACACACACGCACACACACUCCUCCCUGCUAUAUCAGACAUUAUUUUGAAAGAUAUAUACUUGACAUAGGAAAGAAAGUUAACAAGGCAGCAGGCAAAAUGUAUGCAAAAAUACAAUUAUUUGUAGUUAAUUUCCAGAAAAAUAAUUAUUGUGAUUAUUGGCAAAACAUUUUUCCCCUUUUUAUGGCGGGGGUGGGGCAUUUUCCACUGCUUGUCACAUUUUCCUCUCUCCUGACCGACUGAACGGCCUCAUCUGUUUCCAACCGCCCGACAAGCUUGACUAACCCGGUCGCCCGCUGCAACUAAUAUCGAACGUUACGAUAAAGACAAGUUAAAAAAGAGAAAAAAAAGGAUCAUUUUCUCCUCCUGUGCUUAUUUUUACUUGACAAAACCUGUAUUCUAUGCCAAUUAAAAA